AAGUAUAAUAGCAUUCAAUUUCUACAUCUGAAUGCCCUUUGGUUUUUAAAUCCAGUUGACCCAACUGACUCGUCGUAAACAAGAUUAUGUGAAUAAACGAAAACGAAAGUGGACGUAUUUUCCCAUUCAUUCAUUCAACAUUACCUCAUGACUGAGAUUCUACGAGUUUUCUCAAAGGAACAAGAAAAGAGGCUUUACUACUUAUAUCAUGAAUAUAUUUUGGAGUCAUAUAUUUAUGAUAUAUAUGAUCCAUAAAAUAUAUGCCAAUCCAUGUAGAGCAUCCAUUCCAACAGAACAAAUAGUGUCUAGGUGUCCGCAAUCCGAAAAGGACUGGCAAAAAGCGGCAGAACGAAAACAGUGUCGUGAAAUUGCCGUCAUUCAAAACUGUACUAAACCAGCGAAUUUUGUGUAUCAUUGUCUACUUAAUGAAGAUAUUACUCAUUUUGUGGAAGUCUGUGCACCUGUGUUUAACAUCAAUGGUUAUUGUGCCAAAUACGAUACAAAAGAGCAUCGUGUUUACCACUUUACUGGCCAUGACUGUACAAAAGACAAUCCUCCAUGCAAACCUUUCUAUAAAUCAUCAGAAGCCUAUAAAUACACAUCCUGUUAUGACUUGGUUCAAAAGAAUAAAACAACCACAUCUACCAUACAUCAAAAUCUAGGGAAAUCUGAUAACCUGUACAAAAACAUAAGUAUCAUACUAGGAUGUAUUCUAUUACUUAGUAUGGGGGUACACGUGGUUCUGGGUUAUUGGUUAUAUCGAAAAAGAAAUAUAAAAUGUGGUGACGAGUUAUCGUGUACCUUUCAAAAGAAUACAAAAAGAAUGGCAAAGAAAAAAGAAGAAAAAUUGAAAGAAGAGAAAAUUGAUGUACCACAAGACAUGGAAAUUAAAGCCGCUGAAACCCAGAAAUAUAAUACUGAACGAGAGAGGAAACAACUUAAUUCAGAAAAGAAGGUUACCAGUGCAAUGGAGAUAUUUAAAAAUAUGAGUGGUUCAAAUAUAACGGCUAGUGAAUCAGGUACACCAAAAAUCAAGCCAAAAGAAGACGUAAGGAAUUGCAAUAAAGCUGCAGUGAAUGCAGAUGAAGAAGAAGCUUCUAAAGCUUUACUCCAAAAAGAUGUGGAUUUUACAAACACUGAAGAAGACAGGUACAUUAUAUUUACAAACACUGAAGAAGACAGUCCAAAAACAAUGCGAAAUAGGAGCAAUCAAACGCAGGCGUCCAAAACAUCUGAGGCGGGAUCAGGUGCCAUGGAAUAA